AUGCCAAGUCCAAAACCACUUGACACAGACACACACACCCUUGCCAACCUCCCCUUCCUUCAAAAACCAAGAACAGAGCCUGACAUAGAAGCAAACAUGGGAAGCAAGAGAAACUACGAAGAAGAAAGCAGGGUCUCGUUUUCCCAAGCCCAAACAGAGUUGUUACCCUUCAACGAGAACGACCCUCAGGACAUGGUCAUAUACCAAGUGCUCAACGAGGCCAAUGCUCUCUCUAACACGUUCCUCCCUCACCCAAGGCUCCACCAACCCCAAUUGGGCCUCGACCCCACCAGAAACAUCGCCAAAAAACACUACAGAGGAGUUCGCCGCCGACCCUGGGGGAAAUACGCCGCUGAGAUUCGAGACUCCGCGCGCCACGGAGCCAGAAUUUGGCUCGGCACAUUCCAGACCGCCGAAGAAGCCGCCAUGGCUUACGACCGCGCCGCGUUCAAGAUGAGAGGCGCCAAGGCUUUGCUGAAUUUCCCAGCCGAAAUUGUAGCUGCAGCCACAGAGUUAUCUUUCAAUAAUCAUCAUCAUAAUAAUAAUAACAAUAAUAAUAAUUACGAUGCUGUUUCUGAUUCUAGUGCAGGGAGUUCUUGCACCACCAAUAAUUCCACUCAGGUAAACGGGUCCCGGACAGAAAGCACUAGUAGCACGAGUUAG